UUGUUAGACCUAAAAUAUGAACCAAGACAUGAAAGGACCAAAUUUAUGAUUUACUUUACGUUUUAUUUUUGGUGGCUGAGAAUCAACACAUCAAAAAAUCUGAGAGCCACGUGGCAGAAGAAUGACCACUAUCUCACACUCAAAAUCACAAUUCAAAUCCAGUAAACCAAUCAAAUAAUGCUGACAUGUACUCAUCCUAAUCCAACAACCUUGUUAAAUUCCAUAUAUAACCCUUCAAUCUCACACCAUCCACAAACACCACCCUCUACAAACCACCGUCCCUUGAAUACCCUCAAAAGAAAUGGCAACCGCAGCAAUCCAACAGUCAGCAUUCGCCGGCCAGCAGGCCUUGAAGCCACAGAACGAGCUCGUCAGGAAGACCGGCAGCUUCAAUGGCGGCCGCUUCACCAUGCGCCGCACAGUCAAAAGUGCACCACAAAGCAUUUGGUAUGGACCGGAUCGUCCAAAGUACUUGGGUCCAUUUUCCGAGCAAACCCCAUCAUACUUGACCGGUGAAUUCCCCGGUGACUACGGGUGGGAUACCGCCGGACUCUCAGCCGACCCGGAGACAUUCGCCAAGAACCGUGAGCUGGAAGUGAUCCACUCUCGGUGGGCCAUGCUGGGUGCACUCGGGUGCGUCUUCCCGGAGCUUCUCUCCAAAAACGGUGUCACAUUCGUGAAGCAGUCUGGUUCAAGGCGGGUUCCCAGAUUUUCUCAGAAGGUUGUCCUCAUGGGGCUCAUUGAAGGAUACCGGGUUGGUGGGGGCCCGCUUGGCGAAGGGCUUGAUAAGAUUUAUCCGGGUGGGUCUUUUGACCCGCUUGGAUUGGCUGAUGACCCGGAAGCUUUUGCUGAAUUGAAGGUUAAAGAGCUUAAAAACGGAAGAUUGGCGAUGUUUUCUAUGUUUGGAUUCUUUGUUCAGGCUAUUGUUACAGGGAAGGGUCCGAUUGAGAAUUUGUUUGACCAUCUUGCUGACCCGGUUGCUAACAAUGCUUGGGCUUAUGCUACCAACUUUGUGCCCGGAAAAUGA